UCCCUUGUGCAGCAGCAGUGAGCAGAAAUCAGAUGAUUGUCCUGUGUAUCCAAUAUUAAGACUGUCUUUGCGGAAAACAGUAGCUAACUAUCUAAAGAGAAAUAGUCUGCUGGAUCCCUGCGUUUGAAAGGAUACUUCUGGCACGCAUUGAAGCUAGUCUAGUUGAACUGAAGCGUGACUAAGUAGAUUCUAGCUUGCUGACCGUCCUGCGUUUAGUAGUGUUUGUGUUGUUGUGAUUUGCCUAUAGAAAGAUGAUACAUCCCAACCGCAAACAACCAGUAUCCCUCGGGAUUCUGUUCAUUGGCCUACUAGCUGCCUUCUUGCACCCGAGUGUCGCCACAGAUGCCCCCCCCACCGCCCCCCCCCUGACAGACCCUGGGAGGCCGGACAGGGGCAACUACACGGUAGUCAAUGGCAACGGAACAGCUUGUCUGAUUGCUCGUAUGGGCCUGCAGCUCAAUGUCAGCUUCAGCUCUGCCACCCUGAACAAGACUGUGCUGGAUGUGAUGAAUCUACAGCCCAACGUGACCAAGAGCUCAGGGUCAUGUGAGGCCGACAGCGCCACCUUGCUGCUGAUCGCUGACGAGGAGAAGACCAACCUCACCUUCCUCUUCUCACUGAACACCACAUCCAGUAAGUACCAUCUGAGUGGAGUGACUCUGUCUGCUGUUUGGCCGGAUAUGAGUGAGCCCUUCAGAGCCAGUAACGUCAGUCUGGACUACCUGCGAGCCACCCUGGGGAGGUCUUACAUGUGUCGGGAAGAGCAGACUCUGGCCGUGGUCCAGGACUUCUCUCUCAACACCUUCCAGCUGCAGGUGCAGCCUUUCGCCCUCGCUGGAGACAUGUUUGGAGAAGCCGAGGAGUGUCAGCUGGACGAGGAUGACAUGCUGAUCCCCAUCAUUGUGGGCGCCGCCCUGGCCAGCCUGGUCCUCGUCGUCCUGGUCGCCUACCUCAUCGGAAGGAAGAGGAGCCACGCUGGUUACCAGACCAUCUGAGGCACUUCCUGAUGCCCUCCGUGCCAAGAGAGCGCAACCCCCCCUUCCCAACCCACCUGUUACGCCCACCGCUACUAACCGCCAUCUAUCAAAGACUGAUUGGUCGAUCCUCCCCCAAGCUCCGCCUCCAGCCUGACUGUAAACCCCCUCCCUUUCUCUCUCUCAACACUCGCUCACUACUCCCAUUUUGUUUUGUGGUUUAUUAGUGCUUUAAGGACUGAACUGCUCUUUGGAAUUAAAUGGGAAUUGGGUGAUGUUUUAAC